AUGCGCGUCCGUGCGACCGACCCCAGGCCCUGCCCGAAGUGUGGCAAGAUCUACCGCUCGGCCCACACAUUGCGAACCCAUCUGGAGGACAAGCACACGGUCUGCCCGGGCUAUCGGUGCGUGCUUUGCGGUACGGUGGCCAAAUCCCGCAACUCACUGCAUUCGCACAUGUCCCGCCAGCACCGAGGCAUCUCGACCAAGGACCUUCCGGUACUGCCCAUGCCGAGCCCGUUCGAUCCGGAGCUGGCAUCGCGGUUGCUGGCAAAGGCGGGCGUUAAAAUCUCCCCGGCGGAACUGCGAGCCCGCGCCUCACCAACCGGUACGCGCCGCAACGACGGUAUGAAGCUGGAGCUGCGAUCGGGCGACGGGGGGGAUGAUUUUGACGAUCCCGAAGACCUCACCAUGUCGCAGAGCAGUCACAGCGAGUCGCAAAGGCGUUUCCAUGAGAGCAUGAUGGGAAUGUCCCCCACCGGAUUUAACCAUCUCAACUCGACCACCAUCACGCGCGUACGACCAGGUGAGAGCACACCAAAGCUUGGACUUGAGGGACUCGGAGGACGUGACGGUGGCAACGGAGGCAACGGUGCUGGCAACGGAAAUGGCAGUGGUGGAAACGGCGGAAAUGGUGGAAAUGGUCUCCCGGGCCCGGAUCGUCAUGGUGGUCCCGGUGGAGGUGGAGGCCCCAUGAACCACAUGCAACAAAACACACCCACCGGAUCGGCCAUCUUGGACACGUACUUGCAGUUUAUCACGGAGAAUGCGUUCGGUAUGAGCGGAAUGACACAGGAACAAGCAACGGCAGCGGCUCUUCAGGCGGCAAAAAUCGCUCACCUCAAGACACUGGGGCACAACCUCGAUCAGCUGCCGCCGGGCUUCCUUCCGCCUCAGUUGGAUCUGGCCAAGCUUACCAGCAACAACAACCAGAACAACCCGGACCUUUCGUCGCUGGCCAAACUGCAGUCUUCCCCGAACGUGACCAUCGAACCGGCGGGACCGGGCGGAAACCGCAGUGCUGAGACGGACCGUCUGCUGCAAACGAGUAAUCACCAAAAGCUGUUGGCGUUGGCGGCCAGUGGUGCUGGCGGUGCCCCUGGUGGAAACGGUGGAAAUCAUGGGCUAAACAACAACAACAGCAUACUGAACAGUGAUGCCAUUCGGCGCGGAGGUUCCUCCGAGCCGAUGGACCUGGGGCUGGACGGGUCGGGGGCGCACGAUGACGACGGAAACAGCUCGGUCGAUGAGCGGAACUAUUCCGAUGAUGAAAGUAUUGCCACACACUAG